UUCUUCACAGCCAAUAUAUGGCAGCAACUGACAAUUCCAGUGGCCACUGUGACUUCAAAGAGGAAUUCAAAUACACUUUUCUUCCUGUGAGCUACUCCCUGGUCUUCGUGGCUGGCUUAACUCUAAACACCACUGCACUGUAUGUGAUUGUGUUUCAUACAAAGCACUGGAACCCAUCAACCAUCUACAUGUUCAACUUGACAAUGUGCGACACGCUCUACAUCCUGACGCUGCCCUUCCUUAUCCACUACCACGCUAACAGGAAUCACUGGCCCUUCAGUGAACCAUUCUGCAAGCUUAUACGCUUCCUGUUCUAUGCCAACUUAUAUGGUUCCAUUAUCUUCCUGUGCUGUACCAGUCUUCAUCGCUUCCUCGGCAUCUGCUAUCCAAUUCGCUCUCUCAACUGGGUCAGUACACAUCGUGCCAGGCUGGUAUCAGUCGCAGUGUGGGCCGCUGUUCUCUUCUGCCAGUCUCCAAUCCUCUACUUUGCAAGAACAAGGGAUGGGGAAACGGAACAACAUUGCUCUGACACCACCAGCCCUGAACUGUUUGACGACUUCCUGGUGUACAGCUCAGUGGUAUCAGUGCUGAUGUUUGUUGUACCCUUCAUGGUGGUGAUGGUCUGCUACAGACUCAUGCUCUGAACGCUUCUAGAGUCAGGAUGGAGUUCUGAUGGGGACACCAACGGGGAGCAAGGAGGCCCCCUGGUUCACCGUUCCAAGCAGAAGUUAGUGAAGAUGAUCAUUAUCGUGCUGGCGGCGUUCAUGCUGUGCUUCCUCCCAUUCCACUUCACCAGGAGUCUUUACUACUCGUUCAGGUACCUCAGGCAGGUCAAUCCAUCACAGAUCAGCUGUGAUUUGUUGAAAGCCUCCAGUGUGGCACACAAGCUGACCAGACCACUGGCCAGCGCCAACAGCUGUGUUGAUCCCAUCCUUUACUUCCUGGCUGGGCAGGGUGUCCGCAUGAACCUCACCAAGAAAAUAAAAAUGUCAUCUAAAAUAAAAACUGUGACCAAAACUCUGACCCAGUGGCCUCACCCCAUGUACCAAACAUCAAGUGGUUUUCAACGCAACUGUAAAUCUACACUGCUAUGGUUUGAGGAUAAAGUCCUCUUGGUUGUUACAUCCACAGCACUGGGGGUUCAUGUAGUACCAGCCUCCUCUGAUACAUGCACCGUAGGACUGGACUUUAUUGCCUUUUAUUUUGGAAUUCACAACACCUGUGAGGAGUAG